AUGACUCUUCUCCCUCGGUUACAUAUGGAACCCAACGUUGGAAUACGUAUCCAAAAUCGCUUUGACGGAAGCGUCUUCAAUGACCGACGUCUCAAAGCUAAGACUCUGACCACUACCAUUCCUGUCUAUGAACUGCAAUAUGCCGACGAUGCUGCCAUAGUUUCUCAUGAGGCAUUCUCACUACAACAGUCCUUGACUUCAUUGCAUCAGGCUUAUUCUCGCUUUGGUCUUGAUAUGAACCCAAAUAAAACAGACGUCAUUCAAACAGCAUUUAAAGCACGUGAUCCAGCAGCUCAGUUGCACAUUGACAAUGUUUCGUUGUCUAAUGUUAACUCAUUUAUCUACCUUGGCAGCGUCAUAUCCGAUAAUGGACACAUUGAUGAAGACAUUCCCCGGCGGAUAAAUCUCACCUCCGAUUCCUUCGGAUAUCUCCGCCUCCGGGUGUCCUUUGAUAGCAACCUCCGACUCACCAGGAAAGUCGCUGUCUAUCGAGCUGUAGUUGUUUCAACACUGCUCUACGGCUGUGAAUGCUGGGCCCUACUCUUGCAGAGGAUAGGGUGGGCUGGCGGUCUUCCUGCGUUACCGGAGUUGCGCACUUGGAGGAGGAGAGCGCUCGAGGGAAGGCGACGCCAGCGUCAUCUGCAGUCUGCUAAUUCCGCACCAGUCAUGUUCUCCUGCCACCUGUGCCCGAGAGCUUUUUGUUCAUGGAUUGGUCUGCUAUCUGAUUUGGCAGCCCACACAAGACGGACAGAGAUGGAUGGACAGCGUCGUCGUCAGCAAUGA